CAGUUCGUUCUGGAAGCUUUACCUCUCAUCCCAGAAGGGUUAGGGGUCUUCCGUGGAUUCUCGCAGUGCCAUAUGGGACCUCUAUGGUAGCUCGCUUUUCUUUUCUUUUUCUCUUUCUUCUUCUUCUUCUUCUUUUUUUUUUUUUUUAACUCAGCUGGUUGGCCUCUGUCUUUACAUCAGACUGGGAGCUGCUCUAGGGCAGUAAUGGGGUCUGACUCCUCUCUGUGCUCCCAGAAUAGCGCAGCACAGCGUCCCACACAUAAUAGGUGCUAGUUUUUAGUCUUUUUUUUUUUUUUUAAGUUUAAUUGGUGAACACAAGUGGUUAUGACUGCCCCUUCUCCCAGGUUUUCCACAGCACCAUGGGGCUGUGACACGGUCAGCCAGAGGCCCCCACUUCCCUCCUCCCUUCCUUAAACAGAACUCUGGCUCUGGCUUUCUGACACUGCAUUUCCUGAGAGGUGAGCGGGCACAGCUGAGCCCUGGCUCCUCCUUCUGCUCCAGCCGAGAUCUGUCCGCCAUGGCUCUGGUGCCGACCCUCCAGCUGCUGACCCUCUGGCCUCUGUGUCAUGCAGACAUCACUCCAACUGGCUCCCAGGAAACCCAGGGACCCAGCAGCCCUGUUUAUUCAGUCCCCCCCGCCUUAUACUCCAAGCCAUGGCUGGAGGCUCAGCCUGCUGCUGUUGUAACCCCUGGGGUCAAUGUGACCUUGAGGUGCCAGGCACCUCAACCUGCCUGGAGGUUUGCACUCUUCAAGUCUGGAGUGAUCACCCCUGUGCUGUACCGGGAUGUGUCCAUGGAGCUGGCAGAGUUCUUCCUGGAGGAGGUGACCCCAGCCCAGGGCGGCAGUUACCGCUGCUGCUACCGAAAUCCAGGCUGGAAUCUGGGUGUCUGGUCCCAUCCCAGUGAUACGCUGGAACUGCUGGUGACAGACCAGCUGCCCGCCCCGUCGCUGGUGGCGCUGCCCGGGCCGGUGGUGGCUCCCGGCGCCAACGUGAGCCUGCGCUGCGCGGGCCGCCUGCGGGGCAUGAGCUUCGCGCUGUACCGCGUGGGCGUGGCGGCGCCGCUGCAGUACCGCGACUCGGCCGAGCCGUGGGCCGACUUCCCUCUGCCCGGCGCCAGCGCGCCCGGCACCUACAGCUGCUACUACCACACGCCGUCCUCCCCCUACGUGCUGUCGCUGCGCAGCGAGCCGCUGGUCAUCAGCGCCGACGGCUCAGGCUCCUUGGACUACACGCAGGGCAACCUUGUCCGCCUGGGGCUGGCUGGCCUGGUGCUCAUCUCCCUGGGCACACUGGUCGUUUUUGACUGGCGCAGCCAGAGUCACGCCCCACGCAGUGUCAGGCCCUGAGGCCCAGACGACUGGAUACAGAUGCUUCGCAGUGUGAGAAGACCUCCCAGAGAUGGAAAGAAGAAACGGAUUCUUGGGUUUCGCCUGGACCUUCCAAGAGCCCCACAGUCCUUCUGGCUGAGCCCGGCUUCUGGGCCAUAAUAAGCUUCUACUGUGUCUAGCUCCCUUCUGGGUCAUUCCUCUAGUGGAUCAGGGGAAGGCUGUAUCCGUGGUUAAGGCUUCCUAGUCACGAGGCCUGGGUUCGAUUCCCAGUGCCGCUGCUCACUCACUGGGUUAUUAGGAAAGAAGCCUUCCCAAGUCUCAGUUGCCUUGACUGUAAAAUGGGCUCACUGAUAAUACCCACAUCAUAAUCUUGUUAUAGGAUUAAGAGGGCGACACACACGAAGCCCUUAAAAGUGACUGGCCCAUAGUAAAUGCUCAAUAAAUGUUAGCUAUCCUGUAACUGCGGUUUCUACCAGAUGCUCAGGGCCGGAAUGAAGUUAGCUCUUCUCCAUCCCAUUGUGCAUGCUCCCGCUGAACUUUUAAGCAAUUCACUGCCAUUGCCUUCAUGACAUCAUUCUUGGUCGCCAAACAAACCUCUUCCAAACCCCUCCUCAGACCUUCCCCGAAGGUAGACCAAGAUCUGACCGAGGAGAACAUUCUUCCCUAGUUAAAGCUUCACUGGCGGGCAGCGCAGGCUGCUUUUCUUGAACCCUCAUUAUGAUUAAGUGGAGUCCGUUGUCAAGGCAACAGCAAAUGCAGUGUGCGCAGCAGAGCUGUGACCUGGACAUUUCUACAUGGCACCUGGCCUGCUUCCCACGGGGUCUUGGCUGCCUUCACGGUGGUAAAGAUAAUGCAAACCAUUCCCCCUUGCAGCCCAUUUGCUCUCCCCUCUCACCUCUCUUUCUGGAAGGCCUGACUACAUUCAGUUUCUCCUGAGUUUAUUAACUUCUAUUUUAAUCUUGGUAACCCGGAUGCCUUUAACACCCUCACACACACAUUUUCUGUCUCUAAGCACUUCUUACCGCUCAACAUUUGUGUUCCUUUCUUGCUUUAUGCCUAAUUUUGGAUGGAGCGUAUAUCUUCUUCUAUUGUUACUAAAUUUUCCACCUUCCCUUCCUCCUCUCCCCACUUUAUGAAGGAGAGGAUGCCUUCCAUUUUUUUGGACAGCUCCAGCUCCAGCACCCACUAGGGGGAUAGCCUUGAGCAAUCUACAGACCCUCCUGAAUUUUUUUUUAAGAUUUUAUUUAUUUAUUUGACAGAGAGAGAGGGAACACAAGCAGGGGGAGUGGGAGAGGAAGAAGCAGGCUCCCAGCAGGGGAACCUGAUGCGGGGCUUGAUCCCAUAAUGCCGGGAUCACGCCCUGAGCCGCAGGCAGGUGCUUAACGACUAUGCCACCCAGGCGCCCCAGACCCUCCUGAAUUUUUAUCCAUGAAAGAGGAAACUAAAAAUAUAUACCAUGUGGAUUCAAGAUAAUCAAACAAGGUAACUUGUCCCCAACAUGUGGAGAGAGAUCAUAAAAGCUCAGAUCAGCAGUUUUAACCUACCCCCCAUGAGUAGGAAGCAAAGCUUACAUCACAGCCCUGUACACACAUCCAUUUACACCUAUAAACUAGAAUUCAAGUUCUAUGAAGCAAUAUUCACUUCUACUAUUUCAUUAUAAUCUAUUUUAUUAAAAAUUCUGAUCAUGA